CGUUUUAUAUUUUUCUUUGCAAAGCCCCUUUCUAAUUUUGUACAUUAUUUCGCUCUUGCACGCAAUGACCGAGAACCUCAGCAAGAACGUGGUGGUAGCUGUGCGGUGCCGGCCGUUGAACAGCAGAGAGAAGACCCGUGGAGCAGCAGCUUUGGUAUCGAUGAGCGGGACUCAGACAACACUCGAGGCGCCAGAAGCCCUGCAAGGGCCCGGAAAUCGUAGCGGCGGAGUCAAGCAGCGCACAUACAGCUUUGACUACUCGUACUGGACCGCCGGCAGCCCGUCCGGUCCGCAGUAUGCCAGCCAGCAGGUCGUGUUCAACGACAUAGGAAGAUCUGUCCUGAGCCACGCCUUUGAAGGCUAUAACACUUGCGUAUUCGCCUACGGUCAGACAGGCAGCGGCAAGUCCUACACAAUGAUGGGCAGCGAGGCUGACCCAGGCCUGAUUCCGCGUGUUUGCGACGAGUUGUUCACCCGCAUCAGCAUGCUUGGAGCAUCGUUCCAUGUCGAGGUAUCGUAUCUGGAGAUCUACAAUGAGCGGGUGCGGGAUCUGCUUAACCCCAGGUCGACCGCUAACCUACGGGUCCGCGAGCAUCCGUCACUCGGCCCAUAUGUCGAGGAUUUGACUAAGGCUGCAGGAAAUAAGGCGCGAACAGUGGCAGCAACCAACAUGAACGAGGCGAGCAGCAGGUCCCACGCCGUGUUCACAAUAGUGCUGACCAGGCGCACGCACAAUACAGAUAUGGACCAAAUUACCGAGCGCACAUCGCGGAUCAGUCUAGUCGACCUGGCAGGCAGCGAGCGCGCAAACUCUACAAAGGCCACAGGUGUGCGGCUAAAGGAAGGCACAAAGAUUAACCAGUCGCUGGCAGCGCUGGGCAAGGUCAUCUCGGCCCUGGCUGACAGCGGAAGACACAAUGCGGAGCACGGAGGUGGCAAAAAGCGCGAUGCCUAUGUCCCCUACCGCGACAGCGUCCUUACAUGGCUGCUGAAGGACUCGCUGGGCGGCAACUCACGCACUGUCAUGAUUGCGGCCAUAUCGCCGGCAGACUAUGCCGAGACGCUCAGCACGCUGCGGUAUGCAGACCGCGCCAAACAUAUUAUCAACCAGGCCACGGUCAACGAAGAUGCAUCAGUCAGGCUGGUGCGCGACCUUAAGGAAGAAGUUGCUCUGUUGCGCCGCAAGCUGGCCAUGGCAGGCCCAAACAACAGCCGAGGAAGCGACUUGAAAGACCAGCUGCAAGCCAACGAGAAGCUGAUUGCCGAGCUGAAUCAGACGUGGGAGGAGAAGCUGAGGAGGACACAGGCGAUCCAGAUGGAGCGCGAGCAGGCACUGGCGGCACUAGGCAUCUCGAUUGACACCAACGAGGCCGGGGUCAAUCUCAGCGAGGACCCGCUCAUGUCAGAGUGCUUGGUGUAUAACCUGAAACCUGGGCGGACCCUGGUCGGCAGUAGCGAUGAAGGCAGCAGCGCCGAUAUCCGGCUCAGUGCACUAGGGGAUGUGGUGCCAAACCACUGCUACUUUGACUACGACACAGCCACUGGAAAUGUGACUAUCAACCCGCUAGAGGGCCGGGACCUGCUGGUGAAUGGCCAGCAGAUAACAGAGCCCCGACAGCUGCACUCUGGCUUUCGGAUCUUUAUUGGCAAAGCUGUUCCUUUUUCGCUUCAACCACCCAGUGCAGGCACGACAGGAGAAAUUGGCAGGAUGGACACACACUCAGUAGCCAGCGUGUCGGCCGGUGACGCUGAUACUGAAAGUGGGGAUCUGAGCGGGGAGACCGAGUAUCCUAUCGACUGGCGCUUCGCCUGGCGCGAAGCACACCCAGACUAUCCCGAGUCAGAGUAUUACUUUGACGGCACAGACCCUGAUGAUCAGUCGCUGGAACCGGAGCUGGAGCUGGAGUUUAUUAAAGUGCACAACAGCGAGCGACUAAAGCGCCCGACGUCCCAGCUGUCCUUUACCCGCACUAGUCAGAGUCCGCUGCUAGCUGAGGCUACCCACUUUGGUGGGUCUAUUGGACCCACCUCAUCAUCGUUUGGCAAUAGGCGGGCCCGUGGUCUGACGGUAUCCGCAGUGGCACCCUGGCAUAACCACACGGCGCUGCCGCCGGCUGACAACCCCAGAGAACGGCAAUUCGCCGAGCGCCGGCUGGCCAGGCUGAUCAUCGACAGGUGGCGGCAGCACAAGCUUGUUCAGGUCAGCGAGACCAUGCUGCGCAAUGCAAUCCACCUGAAGGAAGCCAACGUCAUCGGCAAGGAGCUCGGGCAGCGCGUGGUUUACCAGUUCGCCAUAUUGCGUGGCGGCGCCGACUCGUACCCUGUGUCUCCGUUGGAGCCCGAUGCGUUGCCAGCAAUACUGUCAGACUGGGACACUAUCACCAUGAGCGAAGCCAGUGGCCCAGCUAGGUCAGCACGCCAAAGCAAAUCGCUCAGCACUCCUUCAUCCAUGGGCACAGUGCCUGAGGUGGUGGUCAAGGUUCUGGAUAUUGUUCACAAGUCGUGGUAUGUGUGGUCGCUCAAGACGUUCCUGGAGCAGCUUGAGAAAAUGCAGCGCCUAUCGACCGUUAAGGGAUCAUACAGGGCACAUCUAGUGCUGGACCCGUUCCACACAUCGAGCGCCUCAUACUCUGCCAAAAUCGAUGCACCAGUAGUGGACGUGCUGAGCGGACUAGAGCGGGGCCGAGUUUCGGGAAAUCUGGCAGUGUUGCCGGUCAGGGGCACGACUGACUCCAAGUCGCUGGCUUGGAAUGUCAUCAUUCAUAUAAAGUCACUGCAUGGGAUCAGUGAAAGCGAGAUGACAGACGUGCACUGCCGCAUUCGCAUGUACCGAGCCCGGGGCUUGCUGUCCUCAGUCAAUCAGCAUGAGAUGCUCACCCUGCCGCUGGCCACCACCCCACAGGCUGCUGAUGUCCCCGCCGAGCCCGAGCUGCCAUCAGUCACGGUCAGUGCAGUUAGUGAUCGUGGCAUCGGCCACAGCAAGCCUGUCUCGGGCUUCAAUGACGGCCCUGUCAAUAUCAAUUUCCGGCAGCAGUGGCAAGUCGACAUGCUCACUGCAGAUACAUGUAUCGCCAUUGAGAUGUUUGGCACCGCUCAGCCCCUGGUCCUGCGUCGGGCGUUCCAGGAAGACGCAACAGCACAUUACGCGACAGUGUCGGCCGAUCAUCUGGUUUCCUCGCUCAGCAAUGCCAAUAUGUCGGCCAGUCAAAAUCUACUGGUUGAGCGACUGCAUGAAGAGGAAUUGUUUGUCGAUUCGCAGCACGAGCUGAUGCUGUGGGUGCGCAUACUGGAGCUUGACCAGGGCGGCGAAUGGGACAGCGUGCCUUGCGUGAGGUCGAUGCCUUCCCCAGCAUUCAUUCUACGCCAAGGGCUGCAGAGGCGUGUGGAGAUCACCAUUGCACAUAAUGCCAGCCAGCAUCUGGUGAUAGCAGGAGUCGAGAAGGCAACCAUCGGAUGCCCGAUCCUGGUUGACAGCAAAGGGAUGAUCUUGUCCGGCAGCGAGCGAUCGCUGGGCAAUGCAUCCAGGAUGGCUCCAGUGCCAGUGGGGCUUGUCAAGCUAGCAGACCAUGAGGCACGGCUGGAUAACCGCUGCUUUGUCAAAAUUGUGCUUGCCCGCGUUCGCCUGACACUAUCGCUUACGCUGUCGCUAGAGCGCGGGGCAGCUCCGCUGGAGAUCUCCACCGACAUUUAUGUCCAGAUGCACGGCCGGCAGUCGACUGUUGGCCGCAGCUGGCUGUCAAACAUUGCCGAGAAUGCCUCCGGCUUCUUCCGUUGUUUCGUGUCUUUUCUGGUCGUUCUUGCACCGGCAGACUCAUCCCGGGGCACAGACAAUCUCUGGCGCCUGAACACCGAGAAGAAAUACGUGCGGGGCGAAGAGGCGCUGCUGCCGUGGCAGCCGAGAAGCGUCAAGGUUGUUGAGGAAUUCCGUCGCCAAGAGCACCUGGAGGCGUGGCGACUGACAGUGGCCAGGACGCGCGAGCAGCUCGAAGCCAUGGGCCCUGCGCUGAUCAUCCCGCCUGCAAACAGUAUCAGCAUUCCGAAAUCAAAGCCUGCCGAGUGCUCGGAGCUGACCCAGGUUGACCUGUCGCUACGCCAUGCCCGCAUCCAGCAGCGGGUGAGGACCGCCGUCACCAAGAUCAUGGAGUUCAAGUGUGUGCCUGACAGUACCCUCGAGCUCCACCAGGAGCCGCUGGAAGACAGCAUUAUUGGCAACAAGCUGUCGAAUCUCAACAGCAUGCAGGACAUUGGGCGCGCCAUCCAGCGGCGUCCGGCGAGCGUUCGGCAGGUUACCAUGCAGGGCCAUUUCUGCCACAGCGGGUGGGCCGAAAUCCUCGACACGAACACGGGCCCCGAUACAUGGGUGCGGCGGUGGUGUGUGGUGGAGAGGCCGUACAUAUUCGUGUUCACCGACAAAUCCUGCCUGUGUCUCGAGAACGUAAUCAACAUUUCGUCGGCCCGCGUCGACGUCAGCUCGCAUAUUUCGCAGAUGCUUGGCCGCGACAACAUCCUGGCGCUCUACACAAACACAAAUGCAUAUUUGCUCAGUCUGGCGGCCGAGGAAGUUGGGACAUGGAUCUCAGCGAUUGAUGAAUGGUAUUAUUUGCUGUAA